AUGAAAAGAGAUGUAGUGGAUGAUCAAGACAGAGCUGAAAUUCUUUUCACUUUGAAUGCCAUGGAGGGCGAAGACGAAACUCUGUACAAGACUGAGCCAUACCUCGACAACGAGUUUGACGAAUUGUUCGAACGCGUCUCUGCCGAUAAGGACAUCUGCAUCACCUUCACCUCUCAAGACUGCGAGACUUUCCCCGACCCUAACAAAAAAGAAUAA